AGCUUCUCUCUCUUCUCUCGGAAGUGACACAAAACGGACCUCAUGCAAAAGCAAAACCCCUUCUUCCCCUCAUAAAACCCUUCAGAAGGUAUGCCUUCUGCUCUCCAAUGGCGUCUCCCUCACAACACUGUCCAUCUAGUUCCCUGAAAGCACUUGUUGCCUUUCGCAACCUCAUCUGUCCAGAGCUGAUUAGGACGGUGCAUCUGUACCGAUCGGAGGGAGGAGGGGAAGAAGUGGAGGUGGAAAGAGAGUAUGUGUUUCACAAGGAAGGGGAUUAUGAGGAGAUUAGCUUCUGUAAAGUGUUUACCUUGCAGAAAUUUGAAAUUUCUUCACAUUUCGAAGGGCUUGUGAAUGGUGUGUGGCUCUGCAUUUAUGUUUUCGACGCUGCCUGUUGUUCGCCUGCUGACAUCGACCGACUCCCUACUGUUCUUACGAUAUCUAGGAAUCGCAAGCUGGACUCAAUCCCAACAUUGGCUAAUGACCUUCAAACAGUUACUCAUUUGAGCAGUGAAGUUAUUAAACAAUGUAAAAGUGAAUCUGAGGAAGACAAAGAAAAUCGGUAUAAGAAUCAUCACAUUUGUGAUCUGGAUCUAAAUUCUCUUCCUUCUGGAUUAUCAGAAAAUGAAGAAAGUGAUCAAAGUACCACAGAUGGUUCAAGGAAGAAGAAACGGAGAGCAGCGACUAAAGACAUAGCUAGCCUGGGUUUAGAAGAUCUAGCCAAGUACUUUGACCUUCCCAUCAUCGAAGCUUCAAAAAAUCUGAAAGUCGGACUGACCGUUCUCAAGAAGAAAUGCCGAGAGUUUGGCAUUCCGCGUUGGCCACAUAGAAAGAUCAAAUCACUAGACGGUCUCAUUUCUGAUCUCCAGGAAGAGGUAAAACGACAAGAAGAGGAGGACGCGGGUGCGGCACUGGCGGUGGCGAAGCGGCAGAAAAUGAUAGAAAGUGAGAAAGAAAGGAUAGAGAAGAAGCCAUUUAUGGAUAUCCAGAGAGAGACCAAGAAAUUCAGGCAAGAUAUAUUUAAGAAAAGGCAUAGAGCUAGAGUUCUUGAAAGCCAAUGCAGAACCUUGUCAUUGUUUUAGACCCAUCAUCAUAACAUUUACUACUAUUAUCAUGCAUCCCAUCUAACUCUAAUGGACAUUCUAGAUUUCUUUCCCUCCAAAUAAAGUUUAUAUUGUUC